GUCGCGCAGUUCGGCUGUAGCGUUGCGGUUCCACUGGAAGCGGCUCUCCGGCUCAGACUUCCCGCAGGCGGACCAGUGGGCGGACCGGCGAGAGGAAAGUUGACAGAACCCAGCAGCAAGGCAGCCCGCCCAGCUCCUCGGAACCGACGCUUUCUGACGGCAAGCGGCUCUCCGACAGCCCGGCGGCGGAAUAACAGCCGCGGGGAGACGGGAGGACAAGGUGCGGACUGAGCGGCCACAGGUAGCCCCAGCCGUCUGGAGGGUCAUGCGGAUCUCUGAGCCGUGAACGGCCGCAGACGAUAAAGAAGAAGUCGCCACCAGAGGGAGGACCGACGCGGGAGGAGAGCCAGUAUGUCCCGGAGAAAGCAGAGCAAACCCCGGCAGAUUAAGCGUUCCCUCGGGGAUCUGGACGGCGGAGAGGAAACCACAGCUGACACGCCGAGCCUAUCAGGGGAGGAGGGCGGAGCCUCUGAUCCAGAGGAUUCUGCAGAAGGCGACAGCUGCAGCCCCCCGUCGUACCCACCGCUCUACAAUGAAGAGUCAAGGACGCGGGACUCUGGGGGAGGACCAGACGAUGAAGAUGGAGAAGGAGAGGAGCAGGCUCCCACACGCAGUGGAGGGGAGGAGGAGGAGGAAGAAGAAGGGGAGGAAGAGGAGGAAGUGUUACAGUGGCGAGGUCCAGACGACCUGCAGCUGGGCGACGACGAGGGCGACAGCAGGGUGGUGGCGGUCAGGGACCUCCAACCCGAAACCGUCUGGGGCCCGUUCCCAGGAAUCCUCCAAUCAGAAGGCAGCACAGCGGAGCAGAGCCCAGAGAAGCCGGGGCUGACUGUUCUCUGUGAACACGCAGACUGUUGGAUUAACCUCCUCCCACUGACCUCUGACUCUUCGGCAGCCAACUGCAGCAUCUACAGCCGAGGGGAGGAGUUGUUCUGUAAGGUCACCAGAGAGAUCGCAGCCGGUGAAAAGCUCGUGGCCUCUCUGUCUCCCCCUCCACCGUCCUCCUCUUCCUCCUCCUCCUCCCUGGUGGCCGGGCUCUCUCCUCCGCUCAGCCUCGUUUCUCAGCAGCAGCCGGCGGUGAAGGAGGAGCCUCUGUACCCGGCGGCGCUGCGCUCCGACAUUCAGCUGCUCCCUCAGCAGGCCGGCAUGGCGGCCAUCUUGGCGACCGCAGUGGUCAACAAGGACAUUUUCCCUUGCAAAGACUGUGGGAUCUGGUACCGCAGCGAGAGGAACCUGCAGGCCCACCUCAUGUACUACUGCGCCAGCCGGCAGAAGCAGCCAGCAGCAGCCUCUCCGCCCCCGCAGGACAAGCCCAAAGAGUCAUACCCCAACGAGCGCAUCUGUCCGUUUCCACAGUGCAACAAAAGCUGCCCCAGCGCCAGCUCUCUGGAGAUUCACAUGCGCACACACAGUGGUGAGCGUCCGUUCGUCUGUCUCAUCUGCCUCUCAGCCUUCACCACUAAAGCGAACUGUGAGCGCCACCUUAAGGUCCACACAGACACCCUGAACGGCGUCUGUCACGGCUGUGGCUUCGUCUCCACCACAAGGGACAUCCUCUACAGUCACCUGGUUACCAGCCACAUGGUGUGCCAGCCGGGCUCUCGCAGCGAGGUCUACUCUCCGGGGCCAGGCCUUCCUAAGCUGCCCCUGUCCAUCAGUCUAAGCCCAGGAGACUCCGGUGUGGUGCUCAAGUGUCAGGUCUGCGGCCAUAACUCCGACUCCCCGGCUCAGCUGCAGCAGCACGUUCGGACCCACCUGGAGGUCAGGGUGCCGGCUGAAAGGAGCCCCACUCCUCGUCAGAGCACCCCCUCAUCAGUCGAGCAGCCCGAGUUGUCCCCGCAUGAGAGGGAACCCCUCGCUUGUAUUCCUAAACCCGACUCGUCGAGUCCAGGCGCAAACGGGGGGUCGGCAACGCCGCGAGACUUCAGCCCUCCUGACGCUCAGAUCUCAGAGCUGAAGAUCAAGGAGGAGCCACAGUCCGAAUCCGAGACGGAGGAGCAGCUGAUGGAGCAGAAAGAAGGCGGACAGGAGGAGGGUAUUGGUGGAGAGGAAGAGGAUCAAGAAGCAAGACAGAAGACGAAGGAAGAGCCAACGGCGUCCUCUUCCUGUCAGACAUCAAACUCUCCAAACAGUCCCGCUGUUCCAACCGUCAAGGCCGAACCAACCAGCCCCACCCCCGGUUCUAGUCCUGCCCAUGUUGGGGGAACCGGCUCAGCGAUUGCAGGAGGAGCAAUGUUCCUGCCCCAGUACAUGUUUAACCCUGAAGCAGCCAUCCUGCCCCAGGCGUCAGAGAUCCUGGCCAAGAUGUCCGAGAUGGUGCACAGUCGGCUGAAACAGGGCCAGACAGUUGUUCAGAACAACCCGGCUGCCUUCUUCACCCCCGGACCUACUGCGGCAGCGGCGGCUGCGGCCACCGUCACGCCGCCUCUUAAAGGAGCCACCUGCUUUGAGUGUGACAUCACCUUCAAUAACAUCAACAACUACUAUGCACAUAAAAGGCUGUACUGCUCCAGCAGGCACCAGGGAGAGGGUGCGAGCUCGGCCUCAGGCUCCGGAUCAACCGGCCCUGCACCAGCGGCUCCCGGCGGGCUGCACAGCUCGUCUCCCCAGGUCGGAGCAUCAAGCAGAGCCGCCUCCGUCUCUCCUACCAACUCAGAGCCUCUCGCGGGAGCUGGAGCGGCAGAAUCUAAGAGACCGGUCGAGGUGAAGACAGAAACUCCUGCAGGGAGAGAAGGGGUGUCAUCCUCUUCGGAGGGGGAGGGUGGGGGAGGAGGCAGGGCGAGCGAAGGCAGUCAGAGUCCUGCCAGUGGUUCUGCAGAGGAUCUGGAAGACGACCCUAACAAAACUUUCUGCGAGGCCUGCAACAUCCGCUUCAGCCGUCACGACAACUACACCAUCCACAAACGGUUCUACUGUGCGUCCCGCCAUGACCCGUCCAACCAGCGGGGCACCCACAUGUCCAAGACCUCCAACGCCGCGCCCUACCUUCCUCAGCCCAUCCGCACACGCAAGCGGAAGAAGAUGUACGAGAUCCACAUGGCUCGAACCGAGGCCUUAGCUAAAGCUGCCGCCGCCGCUGCGGCCACCUCGGCAGCUUCCGCGCCGUCUCCCUCCGUUCUGGGUUUGGUGGUGAAGCAGGAGGUCUCUCCCGGCGGUACGGGCGGCUCCAGCCCCGAAGGAGACGGCCCCAUUGACCUGAGCAAGAGACCCCGCCUGAGAGAGACUCCGCGGCACAGCAGUGGCGGCGGCGGAAUUCUCCCAGCGCUCCCGCUAACCGAUUACCACAAGUGCACCGCCUGCAGCAUCAGCUUCAACAGCAUAGAGAACUACCUGGCCCAUAAGACCUACUACUGUCCGGCCACCACCCUCCAGGCCCAGACUCUGGAGCAGCUUCAUAGGCUCAAGAGGUCAGCCUCCACGUCUCCUAAGAGCCGGCCCCAACAGGAGCGGCUGGAUCUUCUGCACCCUGCUGAGGCCAAAGCGCUGCCUGCCGAGUGGGUUGCCCAGGCUCAGGGGGCGUCUCCCAGCCCGCGCCCCUCCGCCUUGCCUGCGUCUGGAGCUGCAUCUCCUUCACAUACGAGUGCCACACUCGCCGCCACUCCAGGAGCUGGAGCUAAAGUGGCAGUCGCCGGUUCCUCCCUGGUGGUCUGCCCCUACUGUCCGAACCGGCCCAUCACCUGUGACCUGAUGGAGCACUUUAAGACCACCCACGGCCUGGUCUUGAGUGUUCAGCCGCCCCCGGAGACCCCGCCCCGGCCAGGCCGCGCCGUCAGCUGCAGCCCCAGCCUCAGCCCCAGAGACGGCGCCGCCCGAGCAGCCACCCCCACCAACCCGGCCAAGUUGAUCCCGCGGGUCCACAGAGACAGCAUGAACGGGCAGGUCCGGAGUGGCACCACUUCCCCCGUCUCCCCCCAGGUAAACGGCAGCCCAUCAGCCGGGGGAGGAUCGCCCUCUGCCGCCUCGCCCCUGCCUUUAUCCCCCCCGCGGGCCCCCUCUCUGACUGUGUCACCCGUGCCUGAGGCUCUGCGGGAGAAGGUGAUGCCCACCCGCCUUCCCGAGGCCGUCGCUCCCACCGCGGCGUCUAAUCCCGUGCCGGCCGCCGUCACCGGCCCCAAAGCCGCGCUGAUCUCUCCGGUCCAGAACGGCAACUCCCGCUUCUGCCGGCUGUGCAACAUCAAGUUCAGCAGCCUCUCUACGUUCAUAGCUCACAAGAAAUACUACUGCUCCUCCCACAGCGCUGAACACGUGAAGUGAGCGCCGCAAUCCCUCCGACUCUUCCUCUUCCCGCGUCUUUCUGAGCGGAUUCGACUCAGAGAGGCGAGCCUACCCCCCACCCCCCGCCAACCCCCUGCUGGAGGAAUCGACACGAAUGCCUGUUACUCACCACGCAGGGCCGACGCCCACCAUCUGCAGGUGACGUUACAAACUCUCAGCGUGAUCUUCCUCCAUUGGGUCAAUUUCAACACACUAAGAGCUGAGACAGAAGCUCGGUCGGACGUUGUAAGCCGCCUCCUCCGUCUCCUCAAGGUUUUAAUCAGACAGCCACGCAGAGCCCUCUCCUGAGCUCGUCGCCUUUCCGACCCCAAACGGAGGGCUAUUUCAAACGGACUACGUGGUUGUUAAUGUUUUUAUCCUCUGUGCAUAAUGUACGAUGUCUGAAAAAAACAGAAAUCUAUGAUGCUUUGGUUUCAACACUGGCUCUUUUUUUUUCUGGGUAGAAAAGAAGCAGAGAGACGUGAGAUCAGCGUGUUACUAAUUACUGAAGGAUGGACGCUUUCCUUUCAUACACAGAAAGCUUUUUUUAUUUUCUCUUCAAAGAGCAAGGGAGAAAAGAAAUGUGAAAUAUUUAUCUUUUGAGUCCUCACUGAUUUCACGUCAACAGAAAACUACCUAGCUGUUGUCGGAGAGUAUUUGUAUUUUUUAUUUGUAUAUUUUUUCAUACUGUUGGAAGGCCGUGUGCGGAUCUGGGUGUGCUGAAGUGACUUUUCUAAGUGUAGAUAUGUAAUAUCUUCUCACGGUAAUCACUGGGAUCACACUGAACUUUAUUAUUAACACGUUAGCAUUUUGUUAGCUGGUGGUGAGGUUUGUGUUCAUUUCUUUUUUUCGUCUCCGGCUUGUUGCUGAUUAGAUGUUCCAUUAGACUGCGGCGGCUCCCUGGCUCGCUGAUUGUUGAAGAUGACGACGAUGAUGAAGCCCUGCAGGUUUUCAGGCUGAAUUAGUUUUUAUUUCCGGUGAUGAAGGCACAGCAGCGACCGUGUUUACGCAACACGUUCCCAUGCGGCAGGACAGUGUUAUUUCAAACUGUGAAUACGCUUGGAUUUUUUUUCUGAUACUCGUGCAGAAACGUUAGAAAGGACGCAUCAGGACUCCGUGGGACGGGUCGCCUCUGAGGUUUUAAACUGCGGGGGCAAUCCGUCACAUCAUCGCUGUAUCUGAUAGGCUGGCACUUAAGCUGCACGCACCCACAAUUUAAUUCAUCACGGAGAACCAACCCCAGGUCAGAAUAAGUGGACUCAUUUUGCCCCCCAUGUGUUCCCUCAGGAUUUUAUUUCUUUAUUUCUGCUUCUUUAAAUGUAAAUCUUUGGACCUGAUCUGAUCAGACACCUAAGCAGCCCCAAUCCCACCCAAAAUUAGGAAAUUAACGAAGAAAAACAUCGUUUUGCUUAACUUGUGGGUUUUAAGGUCUAUUAUGUUGGAUUUAGUGCCACCUAGUGGCUAAAUUAUAACUAAUGCAAAACGCCAUUGGUUUGGUUUGUCCCCUCUUAGUUCUGGUAGUUGGUUUAAGGGUGAAGAGCCGAACAAAAUUAGUUAAUAAUUAAUAAUUUAUAAUAAUAAGUAAAAAAAUUGUAAGUUGAAAACAAUUAUAAGGGAUAAACCGAUAUGAAGAAUUUGGGUCAAUGUCAAGAUCCAUUAAUUAUUUAGCUGUUAGGUCGAUAUUUACCCAUAUUAUAUAUAUUUUUCCCGACCCUUUAGGCAACAUAAAAACAACCACACUGCUGACAUUGCUCCUCUGCUUCAAUUAAACGUCCCACAAUCCUUCGCUGCCUCGCAGUCACAUGAUAAGUACGAAAUGACCUUCCCCUCCUGAAACACGUACACAAUCGGCAGCAACAUGGAAAUAAGUAUUGGUUAUUAAUAUCGGUCCAGUUUUACGUAUGGAACCAAUACCCACAUAUAUAAAAUCGUUAACAUCAGCUAAUGUUGAUGUUAAUACCAAAGUAUCGUGUUUCUCUAAUUACAAAUAAUUUCAUGAGAAACAAUUGCAGUUUUUCAUACUAGGCAUAAUUCCUGACGGUUUAUAUCACCCUUAAAAAAAUGACUGAAGUUAUUUAGAUGAAAUUGCUGCAGAUAGAACGCCAAUUUUCUGUGAAAGCAGUUUUUUUUAACAAACAGGGGAAAACUCCUUUUUUUGGUCUUUGUCUUCAUUUCUGCGAGCUGGAGGCGAUCACUGUUUUCUCAGCGCGAUCUAUCAUUUGCAAUGAUGCUCAGAUGCGUGGCUGCACACAGUUUUUAAUCUUUCCAAACAAAGGAUGUGUCCAAACAUCUGUGGUGAAUGUUUCUACCACCACCACCAAAUGUUAGUAUUGUUUUUUUUUUUUCAUAAUUUACAUUUAUUGGUUCCAGAUUACACUAUAUAUAAGUUAAGAUCAAGUUAUUUUAUUUAGACAUAUAUUUUCUAAUGGGUGCACACUUUAGUUAAUGUCUGUCUAAAUGGUUUACUUACACUCGUUCUUUUCUUUGAGUUUCUGCAAACACAAAUCAGCUGGAGGGGGAAGCCAGGAGCGUCCCACUCCUGACGCCAACUGUAAGGGACCAGACUUAAAUAACGACAAAAGGUGUUAAAAAAUUAGAAAAACUUCAAUUUAAUAAUGUAAAAAAUGGUUAACAAAAGGGUCAAACUUUAAUACAAAAUAACUCAAAAAAUCAAAAAAUAAAUAGUAAGAAUUUGGGCCCAACUCAAGUGAGGUCAACUGAACAGUUACAAACAGAGGCUGCUUAAAAAGGGGAGGAAUAACCUAAACUUUCAAGUGUAAGUAAACCAUUCAGACAUACAUUAACUAAUGUGUGCACACGUUAGUAAAUAUAUGUCUAAAUAAAAUAACUGGAUCUUAACUUAUAUAUAGUGUAAUCUGGAACCAAUAAAUGUAAAUGAUGAAAAAAAAACAGUACUAACACUAGUAUUGUAGAAGCAUCCACCACAACAUCCAGAUCAGCCUGAAGUCUUUGCGUUGGUUCAGUUUCUGCUAACGCCUCCAGGCUGCCUGAAGGAUACUGUUUAAAUGUUUAAAGGUAGCAGUGCAUCACACCCUGGAUUCCAGUUCAGGCCCAACAUUUAAGGUGCUGCGACCCAAACCAAGUGCUAAAAUCCGUUUAAUCCGUCCUGAAACACUUCGUUAAAGCAGAAAUGUUUGGACUGUUAAACAUUUUCAUUACACAUUCUUCCCUGAAACGCUGCUUCAAAUUUGGAAACAAAUAAUCUGGCAUCUGCAGGUCACUGCUGGUCGGAUACUUUUAGGUCGUUCUUUUUUUCCCCGGUAACCUUCCUCGUCUAUUUAGUCCAACUCGCUUGUUUUGUGUUAUGCAGAUAUCCUAAUACCUUAAUCCUGGGACCUGCUAAUAAGCAAAUAAUUUUGAGACAAGCAGAAACAUCUCUGGACAUGUGAGCAUCAAGCCAUUAUUUCUUGAAAACACCUAGACCAGUUUGUUUAGGGAGAAGUCCCUAAACGCUGCCUCAGAUUUGAGCCGUUCAUGUUUUAGUUUCUUUCUGGGUCUCCUGCAGCCUAAAACUCCGUCUGCUACCACAGCUGGAUGAACAUUUAAACUGGUUAACGGUCUGGCUUUGAGUUUACACACCAGGUAGCGCAGUUCUGCUUUUGAUUCCCAGCCCUGCAGCUUCUCCCCACAGCUGUGUGCAGAUGUGCCGGUCGGACGCACCGAGGGAAAGGAGAGUCGAGUUGAACAUAUUGUAGUCCCCCUGUUUGUUGCACUGUGUCCAAAUGUGCUGAAUGUCUGCGUUAUCGCUACUUUUUCUAACGUAUUUAUGUUACUCAGCACUUUUUCCUGGCCUAAAUGCGUCAUUGUUCACCUUGAAGGAUUUUUUUCAAAAAAAAUGUCCUUUUAUCAACAUGUUUUGUUAAUGAUUUUUUUUUGUCUAUAAUUGAGAAAAUCACAUCGAAUGUCAAACACUUUUAUUUCAAUAUUUUUUUUUUUUAUAUAUUUUAUUUUUCAGCUCCACUACACUCUUGUCCAAACUAUGCAUGGGAAAUAAAAAAAAAGUUCUGAGAGACACUGAC